AUGCUCUGGAGCAGUCUCAUCAAUUUGGCGGCGCUGACCGUCGCUGAAGCCCAUCUCAAUGUCCAUAAUAGUCCCCUGGAAGUGAGAGAUGCGACGCUUCAAGUGACUUUGGAGCCGGUGCUAUCAGACAGAGUCGCCGAAGUCUCCGCAACUAUCAAGAACUCUGGUAGCAGCGACCUGAACUUGCUGAAAGUUGGCACCAUUUUGGACGACAAGCUUCCCGUUCAGCGCGUGCUCAUUGCGGAUGACCUUGGGAAUCAUGUGCCUUUCAGAGGUAUUGAGCCGAGCAUUCGAUACGACGCCCUCAAGCCGAGUCACUUUCAGCUGCUACCAGCUGGAGAGUCGUUGAAUAUCACCAUAGACCCAGCAAAGGUUCAUCUUUUCGAAAAGUCGGGGACGUACUCCGUCACUGCACAAGGACUGAUUCCGGCUGCUUUGGCGCCGCUCACUGACUUCUCUCACCCGGCAAUCGCGUUCAAGUCGAACACGGUCAGCAUCGAAGUCGACGCAGAUGCCGCCGCCAGCCGACUGGUCACAGCAGCACUUGUGGAGAGAACCAAUCUGCAACCCGGGUGCAACGAGACGACGCUGGACGCCAGCACCAAAAGCCUGUCCAACUGCCAGGCCUUGGCGCUUGCAGCAGCCGCAGACGCUGCGGACCCGGCCUCGAAGCGUUUUGUUGAAUACUUCAGAACAAACUCUUCAGAAGCCCGCGACGUUGUUGUCGCAAGGUUCAGGAGCGUUGCCGAGGAGUGCGGGACCACGGAUACGGGAGUAUCUCGGUACUUCUGCUACGACUACUAUGGGAUUUGUGAGAUUGAAGGCCCUCUUAAUGCUUACACCCUUUGGCAAUUCAAUACCGUGGUCAUGUGUCCGCUCUUCUAUGGCUUGCCCCCGCUUCCCGUGGGCUGUCAUCGACAGUGUCAAGCUACCACUACGAUCCACGAGAUCACCCACUGCGAAGGGGUCUAUGCGCCUCACACCAACGACUAUGCCUACGCUUACGACGCGAGUGUCGCUCUUCCCCUAGAGCGAGCCCUUUUGAACGCAGACAAUUACUCGCUGUAUGCCAAUGGUACGUGCCGUCGAAUGCCCAAGAAGCUUGACGUCGCAAGAAUGAAAAACUGA